GUCUAUAUAUAUAUCAAAUAAAAUAAUUCCAUCGUCAAACUUUCUCAUCCUAUAUAUACACAUUACACACAACCAUAUUCUCCCCCAACAGACACACUUCAACAUUGUUGUUUCGAAAUUAAGAAUGUCUGGGGUUUGGGUUUUCAAGAACGGUGUGGUGAGGUUAGUGGAGAACCCCGGGGGUGAGGCGGUGGAGGGAAGCCGUGGCGGAAGAAGGAAGAUGCUUGUUCAUUUAGCAAGCAAUGAGGUCAUCACGUCUUACUCGGUUUUGGAGAGAAAAUUAUACUCGCUUGGCUGGGAGCGUUACUACGACGACCCUGAUCUUCUUCAGUUCCACAAACGCUCCACCGUCCACCUUAUCUCCCUCCCUAGAGAUUUCAACAGGUUCAAAUCCAUGCACAUGUAUGACAUAGUCGUCAAAAACAAGAACGCUUUUGAAGUUAGGGACAUGUAGGGUAGCUAGGGAGAAAGAGAGGGACAACACAACAUAUAUAUAUAUAUAUAUAUAUAUAUAUAUAUAUAUAUAUAUAUAUAUAUAUAUAUAUAUAUACAUAGUCAGCAAUCACAACCCUGCAAGGCCUUCGAGCAGGGUACCCUGCUACUGUUGAAGUCUCAGUGUUUCGUUCAGUUAGGUGUUUGCGUCUUUCGUUUUGGACUGUGUCCAUUUGAUUGUGACAUUAACUUGUGUUUCCACUCUGUUGGUCAGUUUAUUGUUAUAUACAUAUGUUCUGAUUGUUAAUUAUUUCACCUUUAUGUA